AUGGCCCACGCACAGGAGACACCAGCCCACCUGAAUGGCUUGUCUCUUAACAACGACAAUGUCGUCCAGGAGAAGGACUUCGUCGAGAACGAGAAGCCCUUGGCUGCCAGCUCCUCUCUCUCGGUCCGUAAUAUCGACAUUGACGAUGGCCUUGGUGGUGUAAAGCCCACCGAGGAAGAGCUUCGCACUCUGCGCAAGGUCGGCGAGCCUCUGCCGAAGGCCGCUUUCUUGGUCGCCAUCGUCGAACUUUGCGAGCGUUUCACCUUCUACGGUGCCUCCGGUAUCUUCCAGAACUACAUCCAGCGCCCGCUCGAUGGCAGCCAGGGCCGUGGUGCUCUUGGCAUGGGACACCAGGGAGCUACUGGUCUCUCCACCUUCUUCCAGUUCUGGUGCUACGUCACGCCCAUCCUUGGUGCUAUCGUCGCUGACCAGUACCUCGGAAAGUACAACACCAUCGUCAUCUUCUGUGGCGUCUACAUUGUCGGUCUCCUUAUCCUUACCUUGACCUCCAUCCCUGUUGCUCUUCAGGGUGGUGCUGGUCUCGGCGGUUUCGUCGCCGCUGUCAUCGUCAUUGGUCUCGGAACUGGUGGUAUCAAGUCCAACGUCGCUCCUCUGAUUGCCGAUCAGUACACGCGUCGUCAGAUGGUUAUUGGCACCGACAAGAAGACUGGAGAGCGCGUCAUCAUCGACCCCGCGAUCACCAUCUCCCGCAUCUACAUGGUCUUCUACUGGUGCAUCAACAUCGGUUCCCUUUCCGGCCUCGCGACACCGUACAUGGAGCGUGACACUGACUUCUGGUCCGCGUACCUGUUGUGUCUGUGCAUGUUCUUCGUUGGUACCCUCGUUCUCGUUCUUGGUCGCAAGGUUUACAUCGUCCGCCCCCCAGAGGGCUCCGUUAUCACCAACGCUUUCCGCGUCAUCGGCCAGAUGAUCAAGGGUCGCAAGAUGGACGCUGCAAAGCCAUCUUAUCAAGUUGCUCUUGGAAAGACACCCGCCGGUACCUGGGACGACCACUUCGUCGAUGAGGUCAAGCGUGCUCUUGUUGCUUGCCAGGUCUUCUGUUUCUACCCAAUCUACUGGGUCGUGUACGGCAAUUUCUCCAACAACUUCGUCACCCAGGCCGGUCAGAUGGCCGGUCACGGCAUCCCCAAUGAUCUGAUGCAGAACUUCGAUCCCAUUGCUAUUAUCGUCGUCCUGCCGCUCAUGGAUCGGUAUUUCUUCCCCUUCCUCCGCAAGCACAAGAUUGCCUUCCCUCCUAUCAACCGUAUUACCGCCGGUUUCUGGAUCGCUUCUACGGCCAUGAUCUACGCUGCUGUCAUUCAGCAUUAUAUCUAUAAGGCCGGUCCCUGCUACGGUCACCCGGGUUGCGCGGCCAGUGAAAUCAACGGUGUUGCUCAGGGCAACAACAUCCACAUUGCGACUCAGACCGGUGCCUACGUGCUGAUUGGUAUUUCCGAGAUCUUCGCCUCCGUCACUGGUCUCGAGUAUGCCUACACCAAGGCGCCGCCCAGCAUGAAGUCCUUUGUCCAGUCCAUGUUCCUGCUCACCAAUGCCUUCGGAUCUGCCAUCUCUGAGGCCCUCAACCCUCUCCUGUACGACCCUGCGAUCAUGUGGAUGUUCUGCGGUCUAGCCGUUGCAUCCUUCGUCGCUGGUAGUUUGAUCUGGAUCCUCUUCCACCACCUCAAUGAGACUGAGGAUGAGAUGAAUGCUCUUGACCAGGAUUACGACAAGGAUCCUACUCUCCGCAGGAGCAGUGUCCACGAUGACCGCACCGUUGGUAUGCACUCUCACAACGACGAGAAGGAAUACGCUUAG